AUGGAUUCCGAUGACGAUCGCUCCGUGGAGUUGUCUUCGAUUGAAGCAAUAUACCCGGAAAUCAAAAUUGACCCAUCGACUCCCUUCCGAGCAUCGUUGGAUAUCCCUGUGAAGCCCUCGACACCCCUACGAGUUUGCUUUGAGCAGUAUGCAGAAGCUGGGUCGCCCACUGUUCUGACUCCUCCAAAUUCUCUGGGGGCUGCCGAAGUUGCACCUACGACGAAACCCGGCGACAACACCGGAAACGAUGUACACUUCCUUCCUCAUCUUCCUCCGAUUGCUCUCGCUGUCGAUCUUCCUGAAGGCUAUCCUUCCCUGCAGCCACCUAUUGUCAACAUCAGCACCGAUCCGCCAUGGCUUCCUUCUUCGAUUGUUUCGGGUCUUCUAGAUGAUGUGAAACGCCUCUGGGAAGAAUGUGGGAGGGACCUGGUCAUUUUUACGUACAUUGACCAUCUUCAACAGCUCGCUGAGACGGCUUUCGGGAUCCAAGAUAUCCCGGAUGGCGAAAUACGGCUUCCCCGUGAGCUCAAGAUUUCUCUACUGGACUUUAACAACAAGGCCGAGAAAGAGAAAUUUGAACAGGAAACCUUCGAGUGCGGUAUCUGUUUGGAGCCCAAGAAAGGUGCCAUUUGUCACCGGUUGCUCCUCUGCGCUCACGUGUUCUGCGUGCCCUGCCUUCAGGACUUUUACAACACAUGUAUUACAGAGGGUGAUGUGGACAGUAUAAAAUGCCUGACACCCAACUGUGGCAAGGAGCAAAAAACCGAGCAAAAAACCGCUUCAAACGGGGAAGUCCAAGUGAAGAAACGGAAAAAGAACGACCGAACAUUGAGUCCCAGCGAGCUUCUCCAGAUCCCAUUGGAGCAGGAAACAGUGCAGCGCUAUGUCUUCCUGAAGCGAAAGAAGAAGCUCGAGGCUGAUAAGUCGACGGUGUAUUGCCCCCGGCAAUGGUGUCAGGGCGCGGCUCGCUCUAAGAAACACCCGAAGCCUGCGGAUCCUAUGGCAAAUGACCUGGAGGAGUCUGACGAGGAAGACGAUGAGGUCGCCUUCGACCCUCUUGGAGAUGAGGCCCAGUUACCGCCAAUGGCAGACCGUGUUGCUAUCUGCGAAGACUGCAAUUAUGCAUUCUGCAGUGUCUGUAAAAAGGGCUGGCAUGGCGAGCUAGUACGCUGCUUCCCUCGACGGGAGGCGGAACUGUCGGCAGAAGAAAAGGCUACAGAGGAAUAUCUGAAGAUGUACACCUCUCCUUGCCCGACUUGCAGCGCUCCUUGUCAAAAGCAAAUGGGAUGUAACCACAUGAUCUGCUUCAAGUGCGACACACACUUCUGUUACCUCUGUUCCAGUUGGCUCUCGGAAGACAACCCUUACCGUCAUUUUAACGAACUUGCUAGCGGAUGCUAUAAUCGACUCUGGGACAUGGAAGGUGGCGAUGGCAUUAAUCCGGACGGGGCUGAGGCUCUCCACCGCGUUCCCAAUCACCUCGUCGAUUUUGACGAGAGCGAUGAUGAGGACCAGCCUGCAUGGCGUUUUCAAGGACAACCUCCGCCUCCUGCCCCAGCACCGCCGCGAGCCAACCAGGGCGCAAACAGACCCGGGCACCGCGAAGGCGGCGGAAAUGCAAACAACCUCGAUGCAGCAGGCAUGGCCGCCGCCGCAGAGCGACAAGCCCAAGCACAAGCCAUCGCCGAAGUGCGAGGUCGUCCCGGGGCUGAGGGGCCUCGGCCGCAAGCUAACGGAGACGGCGCCGCUCGACCGGGGCAAGUCAGACAUCCAGGACUCCAACGAUUCUUGGAUUUGGUUCAGAAUGAUCGAGAAGACGAAUGGGAUAGUGACGAACUUGACGAUGACUUCUAA